CAUUUUCAAGUAUCAAUGCCACGUAGUUAUAUACAACAUUAUGUCAUCUAUAUUAAACCAGAAAAUUGUCCGCGAAGAGUCAAUCGUGAAAUUAUUAAAAUUAUGGUUAAUGCGUACAGUAAACUUUUUGGUAAUCUUCGUCCUGCAUUUGAUGGUCGCCAAAACUUAUAUACAAGAGAUCCAUUGCCUAUUGGAAGGAAACAAGUGGAAUUAGAAGUUAAAUUGCCCGGUCAAUGUAAAGAUGGAGUGUUCCAUGUUUAUAUUAAAUGGUUAGCUCAAAUAUCAUUAUUUGAUUUGGAAGAAGCAUUACAAGGCAGCAGAAGACCAAUACCAUAUGAUGCUGUUUUGGCCUUAGAUGUUGUCAUGCGACAUCUUGCAUCAAUGACUUACACAUCAGUUGGCAAGUCAUUUUUUUCUCCACCUGAAAGUUAUUAUCAUCCAUUAGGUGGUGGUAGAGAAGUUUGGUAUGGUUUUCACCAGUCAAUGCAGCCAUCUAAAUGGAAAAUGAUGCUUAAUUUGGAUGUGUCAGCAUCAGCUUUUUACAAAUCACAACUCGUGCCCGAAUUCAUGUGUGAAGUGUUGGAUAUUAAAGAUAUAAGUGAACAAAAAAAACCAUUAACAGAUUCACAAAGAGUUAAAUUUACAAGAGAAAUUAAAGGUCUUAAAAUAGAGAUUACACAUUGGGGAGAAAUGCGAAGGAAAUAUAAAGUUCGUAAUGUUACAAGAAAACCAGCUCAAACGCAAACGUAAGCAAUUAAUCUCGAAACUUAUGAUUUAUAUUAUCAUACAUUCUUUAAAACAACUUUUAGUUUUCCACUGCAAGAAAAAAACAAUGUUGUAGAAUGCACAGUAGCUAAAUAUUUCUUAGACAAACACAAUAUGAAACUACGUUAUCCAAAUUUACCAUGUCUUCAUGUUGGAGAGAAACAUAAUCAUAUAUAUCUUCCUUUGGAGGUCUGUAAAAUAGUUAAGAGUCAACGGUGUGCUAGAAAAUUAACUGACAUGCAAACAUCAACUAUGAUUAAGGAAACUGUAAGAAGUGCUCCUGCACGUGAACAAGAUAUUAAUUCCUUAGUUCGUCAAGCUGAUUUUAAGAAUAAUCCAUAUGUAAAAGAAUUUGGUCUUACUGUAUCAGACAGCAUGAUAGAAUUACGUGGUCGUGUUUUACCACCACCAAAAUUACAAUAUGGUGGACAAACUCUACCUAAUCAAAAAAUAUUAAAUGCCCAACAAACUAAACAACAAACAUUACCAAGUCACGGAGUUUGGGACAUGAGAGGCAAACAGUUCUUUAUAGGUGUCAAAAUUACAAAUUGGGCAAUAGCUUGUUUUGCAUCACAGUUCUCUGUGCGCGAUGAUGCUAUAAAAAAUUUUACAGAACAACUUCAACGGAUAAGCAAUGAAGCUGGCAUGCCAAUAGUUGAUGCUCCAUGUUAUUGUAAAUAUGUCACAGGGCUUGACCAAGUAGAACCUAUGUUCAAUUAUUUAAUAAAAAAAUUUACUAAAUUACAACUUAUAAUUGUUAUUUUACCAGGGAAAACUCCAAUAUAUGCUGAAGUCAAAAGAGUUGGAGACACUGUUCUAGGAAUGGCUACACAAUGUGUUCAAGCAAAAAAUGUUAAUAAAUUAUCAAUUCAAGCAUUAUCCAAUUUAUGUUUAAAGAUCAAUGUGAAAUUGGGUGGUACCAAUACCAUUCUUGUACCAAGUGUCAGACCUAAAGUUUUCAAUGAACCAUUGAUUAUUUUGGGUGCAGAUAUAACUCACGCAACUUCAAAUGAUGAUAAAAUAUCAUCGAUUGCAGCAAUAGUAGGAUCUAUGGAUGCACAUCCCAGUCGUUAUGCUGCUAUGGUACGUAUCCAACAACACAGACAAGAAUUCAUUCAAGAACUUAGUUCUAUGGUCAGGGAACUCCUAAUCAUGUUUUACAAGAGUACUAGAGGUUAUAAACCUCAUAGAAUUAUAUUAUACCGCGAUGGAGUAUCCGAAGGACAGCUUUCUAAUGUCUUUAACUAUGAACUUAUGGCGAUUCGAGAGGCAUGUAUAAAGUUAGAAGGUGGUUACAAACCAGGAAUCACCUUUAUUAGUGUUCAAAAACGGCAUCACACCAGAUUGUUCUGUACUGAUAAAACGGAACAAUGUGGAAAAUCUGGAAAUAUUCCAGCUGGUACAACAGUUGAUAUUGGAAUAACACAUCCUACAGAAUUUGAUUUUUACUUAUGUAGUCAUCAAGGAAUUCAGGGAACUAGUCGGCCAAGUCAUUAUCAUGUUCUAUGGGAUGACAACAAUUUUAAGUCAGAUGAAUUGCAACGCUUAACAUACCAAUUGUGUUACACUUAUGUCAGAUGUACACGUUCUAUAUCUAUACCUGCACCGGCCUAUUAUGCGCACUUAGUUGCACAAAGAGCUAAAUAUCACAUGGUCGAAAAAGAACAUGACAGUAGUGAAGGAUCACAUAUAUCUGGCUGUAGUGAAGAUCAAACGGUAGAUGAAUUGGCGCGAGCUAUUACAGUACAUCCCAAUGCAAAUAAAGUUAUGUACUUUGCUUAAAAUACCAAAAUUGAAAAAAAAAAGUUACUGUGCAACACAUACAUUAAUAUUAAGCAAAAAUUAUAAUGCGACAACUUUUAUUGUGAUUAAUGAUUAAAAUUAUAUUUUAUUUUU